UAAUAUUCACCUCGAUACUGUUUGUUGCUACGUUGCAUGGUAACCAGUAUAGUUUGGCUAGAGAUUUUGGUAACAAGUCAGUUCAGUUGAGAUUAUAUUGGAUUGUGUUUUAAAGAGAAAAACAAAUAAAAAUGAGCCAGCGACAGGUUCUUCAAGUUUUUGAGCAGUACCAGAAAGCUCGAACUCAGUUUGUGCAGACAGUGGCUGAAUUAGCUUCAAGGCCACAAAACAUAGAGACACUGCAAAAUGCCGGAGUUAUGUCAUUAUUGCGCCCACUCUUGUUGGAUAUUGUACCAACCAUCCAGCAGACUGCGGCCCUUGCUCUCGGCAGGCUAGCCAACUAUAACGAUGAUCUAGCCGAGGCUGUUGUGAAGGGAGAUAUUCUACCACAGCUGGUGUAUUCUCUUGCUGAACAAAAUAGGUUUUACAAAAAAGCAGCUGCCUUUGUUUUACGCGCUGUAGCAAAACAUUCUCCACAGCUAGCACAAUCAGUAGUUGACUGUGGAGCAUUAGAUGCCCUAGUUAUCUGUCUGGAGGAGUUUGAUCCUGGUGUGAAGGAGGCUGCUGCCUGGGCACUUGGUUAUAUUGCCAGACACAAUGCUGAGUUGGCCCAAGCUGUUGUAGACGCAGGCGCAGUACCACUACUUGUCCUGUGUAUACAAGAACCAGAACUGUCGCUGAAACGUAUCGCUGCCUCAGCUCUCAGUGAUAUCUGUAAACAUUCUCCAGAACUCGCACAGACCGUCGUCGAUGCUGGAGCCAUUGCCCAUCUAGCCCAGAUGAUCUUGAACCCUGAUGCUAAACUCAAGAGGCAGGUGUUCUCCGCACUCAGUCAAAUCUCCAAACAUUCAGUAGACUUGGCUGAAAUGGUUGUUGAAGCAGAGAUAUUCCCAGCAGUGCUCACUUGUCUUAAAGAUCCCGACGAGUAUGUGAAGAAAAAUGUUGCCACCUUGAUCAGAGAGAUCGCCAAACAUACCCCAGAGUUAUCUCAGCUGAUCGUGAACGCAGGAGGUGUUGCUGCCGUGGUGGACUACGUUGGCGAGUCACGUGGAAAUGUCCGGUUACCUGGAAUCAUGAUGUUGGGUUACGUCGCUGCACACAGUGAGAAUCUCGCUAUGGCUGUCAUUGUUUCGAAGGGGGUGGUACAGCUGGCUAUUGCCCUGUCUGAAGAGGUAGAGGACCACAUACAAGCUGCUGCAGCAUGGGCUCUCGGACAGAUUGGUCGGCAUACACCCGAACAUGCCAAGGCAGUUGCUGUGGCAAAUGUUUUACCAAGGCUUCUACAAUGUUACCUCAGAGCCGACGCCUCAGAAGAUCUACAGACAAAGACAAAAAGCCCUCAAAAAAAAAUCCUCCCGAAAUGUUCCAUCGCCUCCCUCGAACCUCUUUACAUACCUCCUCCAAAAAUCCUCAAACACGUUGUCGGACAAUUCAGCAAAGUACUUCCUCACGACUCCAAGGCUCGUAGAUUAUUCGUUACAAGUGCUGGUUUGAAAAAGAUACAAGAAAUUAAGGCCGAGCCUGGAUCAGCAUUAGCGGAAUAUAUCAACACUAUAAAUAACUGUUAUCCAGAAGAAAUUGUCAAAUACUACUCCCCCGGUUAUUCCGAUGCUUUGUUAGAGAGAGUCGAACAGUAUCAUCCACAGAACUAAGUCAACGUUUAGACGCACUUCUCUCAUCACGUGUUAUCAUCUCUUGCAUUUACAUAAAAAACAAUCAUUUUUACAUUGUUAGUGAAAACCUGUUAUUUGAUAUACUCUUAAAAAAUUAUUAUCUUAAAAGUAAAACUUUUUAUAUUAUCUCGGCAACAAAAUUAUGUGUUGAAUUUGUUUAUUUUUCUUUUUUUUCUGUGUGACUGUAGAGUAAAAUUGUGUUACCGGUAACAAAAAGUGUACAUGGAAUUUUUAUCGUUUUAAUAUGUGCUCAAUAUAUAUAUAUUAUUUUUUUCUUGUGACUGAAUGAAAAUAAUGUAAUAUAAACAAUUAAACAGCAGUUGCCAUUAAAGAAUUUAAAUUCAGCAUUACAAAAAUCAUCCUCAUUGUCAUUUAAGGUAGUCAUACUGUUUUUAUGCUUUCCCGCUAAAAAAAUCUAAAACCAGCCAAUAUCGUACCAUUACAGUUAUUUCCGGAAUGUUAUUUUUUCAAAAUCUUGGACAUAAGAUUAUUCACAAUCACUCAUCCUUUAUCACUAUGUACUUAAUUCCAGUUAUAAACUGUUAUUAUUGAAUACCGAAGAUAAUACAAAAAAUUUAACCUUCCGGAAAUGACCGAUUUAUUACGAUAUUGGCUGGUGUUUGAAUUAUUUUGGCUGUAAAGCAUUACAGUAAAGACUACCUUUAAAAGAAGAAAGGUGUGUAUAAAGUAAAGAUACGAAGACAUAUUUUGUUUAAAUAAAACCUUUCCAAGCAAUUUGUCGGAAAAUUGCUGAAGAUUUAAACAGGAUCAAAAAAUUACAAAACCAGAUGCCAACU